CAAGACAUUCACCACUUUUACGAAAAGUCGACGUUAAAGAAACAACACCCGUACGCGCUCUUAUAUCACACAGCGCCGUUGUUUUUCCGUCGACCAAUAUACCCGACACUAGAAUACCGGUGUCACCUCUUUUGCGCAAAAUAAUCCGACAUCGACAACCAGUUCCUCUUUUUACGUCUUCAAGAUGCCCCACGCUGUAACUAUCGCGACUCCGGGCCUCCAAGCCUUGAUCCUUUGCGGUCCCGGCAGCUCGUUUCCUACUUUCACCGCCAACCCAGAUGCGAACCCCAAGGCUCUCCUACCAAUUGCCAACAGGCCCAUGGUCUGGUAUCCUCUCGACUUUUGCUACCGCGCAGGCAUCACAAACAUCACCCUCAUCUGCCCGCCCACGGCCCAAGAAGCCAUCCAAACUGCCCUCAACACAAACCCCUUCCUCACCAGCCUACCAUACCCCAGGCCCGACCUCCUAGCACCCAAGGACCUCGACCAGAACACCGGUACAGCAGAGAUUCUCCGUCUCCCCGAAGUCCAAGCAACAGUAACCGACGACUUCCUCGUUCUCCCCUGCGACUUGGUAUGCGAGCUCGGCGCCGACAAGCUCCUCCAAGCAUGGAUGGUCAAGUCCGCCAGCCUCACAGACCUCCUUGACGACACACGGGCUGAGAAUGGUCCUCUCAAGCGCAGCGGCGGUCUCGGUGUAUGGUAUCAGACCAAGACUGCUACUCCCAUCAAGGGCGAGGAGACCGAUUUCCUGGCCACCGUUCCUCUACCAUCUUCCUCGGUCUCGCCCCCUAAGGGCUCCCUAUUCCCCAACAUUUCCAAGGUCGCCUACUCAAUGCCUACCGAUUCGUUGAAGGAUCUCCUCGAAGAACAGAAAGGCUUCCCCACGCGCCAUGCCCUUCUCAAGAAACACCCCCGCGUGCGCAUGCUGACCACUCACCGCGACGCCCACAUCUACAUCUUCCCCCACUGGAUCAUGGACUUCGUCAAGGAGAACGACCGCUUGGAGACCAUCGGCGAGGACGUCCUAGGCUGGUGGGCCAAAGCCGGCUGGCAAAAGGGACUCUCCACGAAGCUCGGUCUCGACACGAUCCUCGGCCAGUCCUCCACCACCGCCCCCAACACCGACGGCAAAACCUCCCCCGUCGGCUCCCACACCCCCAAGGACUCCGCCACCGUCCACCCGCCCACCGGCUCGCAAAUCCACGACGCCGUCUCCGCCUCCGGCGCCACCAACCUUGAAGGCCCCGUCCGCCCCGUCAUCCGCGCCGGCGACAAGCCCGGACAAGCCAACGAGCAAAACGAUAGCACCAUCCCGCCCAUGCUCGCUUACGUCCACCCUUCCUCCUCCACCGGUUCCACCCCCUUGAUCCGCCGCGUCGACACCGCCCAGCUCCUCCUGCAAAUCUCCCUGCAACUCGCCAAGCUGCCCUCGAUCGAAGAAGUCGGUUCCGCCGAAGCCGCUUCGCCCUUUGCGCACAUGCGCAAGGUCGCCUACCCCGAGGGCGUCAAGCCACGCACGACCAUCACCAAGCAGGACUCGCUGGUAGCGGACAAUGUCACCGUCCAAGAAAAGACGAGCAUCAAGGAGUGCGUGAUCGGCGCCAACUGCCAGAUUGGCGAGGGCGCCAAGUUGUCUCAGUGUCUGCUGAUGGACGGCGUGGUGGUGGGCAAGAAUUGUAAGCUUACCAAGUGCAUCCUUGGUAAGCGCAGCGAGGUCGGGGAGGGGUGCACGUUGACGGAGUGUGAGGUGCAGGAGAAUUUGUUGGUUGAGGCUAGGACGGAAACAAAGAACGAGAAAUUCAUGUCCUCCUCCGGUCUCGAGGCUACCGAGGAGGAUCUUGCCGAGGAUGAUGACGACGAGGAUAACGAUGGCAACGGCAAUGACGACGACGACGAGGAUGAGGAGGAUGAUGAGUCGGCGGAGGAAUAGGAUAUCCUUUCUGCUCCAUCGACUCCGAAAAGUCACCGGCACGGGCAUCAGUACGGGCAGCAGCAGCAGCAGCAGCACGGGUCGCAGCAUGGACCGCAGCAGCAGCACCAGCAACAGCAGCCGCGGCAGCAGACAAGGCCCAGAAAGGGAAGCUGGUU